AUGACUGUGAGCCUUGUGGCAAGGCCUUUGGCAGUCAAAGUGCCUUGGAUCAGCAUCUCCGAGACUCGCCAGCGCAUAAGAUCAGAUAUGGCUGUGAGCCUUGUGGCAGCUCUUUCGUCAGUCAAAGCGCCUUGGAUCAGCAUCUCCGAGACUCACCAGCGCAUGCAGCUACCUACGACUGCCUUUGGCAGUCAAAGUGCCCUGGAGCAACAUAUCCAGUAUUCAAGAGCACACAUCGCAGCACCCAGAACGCCGCUGGAUAUGUUCUUCCAAUCCUUCACAGGCUUCAUGUACAAUCAAGCAUUACCUCCCUCAGACUCAUAUACCCAACUCAAAAGAUUCCGUCGCUGGGGAGAUAAUGAUCCAGAGGAUAAAAGAGCAUGGAAACAGUACCAGUCUGCUCUAGAAUUGGAGGUAAAGAUGUGGUUUGGGGCAGAGGAUGACCUUGGUGCCUGGCAUUCUCUUUGUCGCGCUAUCGGAAUUGAGCCUUUGCCUGUAACCUGUGGGCAAGCUGUGAAGGUAGGUAAUUAUCUCGAGUCCGUAAUAUCGCGUGUUUAUGCAGGGCUUCAACUGGAAGAUUGGAAGUCAGUAUUAUGA